AUGCCCCCAAGCCUACCACCUAUCAUUUUCUCCCAUUUUUCUUUUAAACCUACUAUUCAGAGUCAGAUGGCCAAUGAUUUAGUGUUGGACUCUCUCGUCCUGGAUCUAGGCGAUUACGCCCCGCCGGAGGGUCUAGUCCCAUAUUUCCGGGAUGAAACCUCCUAUUCUGCUGCUGCACCGUCGUUGGGCUUCUCGGACACUCAACAACCAGUCAAGCUCAAUGCAGCUAGUCUUUUCCUUUCGUUCCUGGCAACGGCGCAGACCCGAGGGGUUGACUUUCUACCCGUUACAUGGGACGACAGCAUGCGUGGAGUUGGCGCCGGCGGCCAGGCCAGUAUUAGCCAAUCUAACGUCAAUAGCAAACUAAGCUAUGUGUAUAAAAGAAUCCGACAACAAGAUCUCAAGACACCUGCAGAUAAUUCCAGGGCUAUGCAAGCUCUAACAGCCGAGGUGACGGUUCUCGGCCAUUCAAUGAUUCGCGGACAUCCUAACAUCGUGAGACUGACGGGUAUAUGCUGGGACAUCCCUUCCAAUGAGCAGGAACGGAUCUGGCCCGUGCUAGUGUUCGAAAAAGCCGAGAACAAGGACCUCAAACAGUUCAUGGAAUCGGAUACUGGGCGAAAACUCGAUACCAAACAGCGGCUGGAGCUGUGCCAGGAUAUCGCUGCGGCGAUAACGUUGAUGCAUAGUAUCAUCUGCCUCUCUGCUCUGUUAGAAAUUAUACAUGGAGACAUUAAACCGCAUAACAUUCUGGUUUUCAACGAUACAAACGGCGGCUUGGUGGCCAAGGUGACGGACUUUGGAUUCGCUACGCUGCAGGUAACUGCAUCUACAGAUGGACGCAUUGAGCUACCCAUCUCCAACCCCUGGAAUGCUCCAGAAGUUUGCCUGGAGGAAGAUUACUCUUUGCAUCAGGCCAGAUUAACUGACAUCUACUCAUUCGGGUUGCUUUGCUUAUGGCUUCUUUUCGCGGACUCUCCCCAGAUCCUUGACCGUAUCAGCACCGCCAAGAGCGAAGGGCAGCUUUUGCCAUUUGCUCACAGCCAAGUUCAAACGCUCACUGGCCUCAAUCAAGACGACAAGAGAUCCCUGUGUGGUUUCUUCAAUGCUACGAUUUCUCAUGAUCCUAACGAUAGGAGUCUAGAUCUUCAAAAAUGCAUGGAGGGAUUUGCGGCUUUCGUCGUACCGCCACUAGACAACGACGGUUUUAGCAUGUAUGAGAUGUAUAUGCCGUAUCUCAGUGUGCUCCCGCACCACCGCGAAUUCAAUGUCUCCCGGGCGCAAGCCAAGCACUUUGAACAAACUCAACUCUCCUGGUCAGACUUUUAUAAUCCAUACGCCAAUGGAUACGCUUUUGCCCGCGACAAAGAGUUGAUUUUUGAGCUGCCUAAGAGUUUUCGACAAUUGAUGCACUGCGACUAUCGCCUAUGGAAUUAUAUUUUCCAUCUCUUUGAGGACCUUUAUGAAGAAUGCGACCUCCUCUCAGAUGACAUUCGCCGAUCCACAACAUAUCAGCUCGCCUUUUGCCAUUAUAUUGGGUUCGGCACCCCUCUCGACGAAAAUAAAGCUCAGGUUCUGUUGGAAGACUGCGGCCUACCCAUGCAAGCCGUUGAAAGUGAUGUGGAGGGCAUCAAGACAGACCUGAAUCCGAUGCGGUACAACAACCUAGAAACCGAAAUCGUCUUAGCUGCCUACGAAGCCCACUAUCGCAAACAGGGGAUUCUCGGCGAUGCCCAAGCUGUUUACCAUGCUGUCAGCUCCAACAUGGACACUCGACUUGGCGAAACUCAUUCAACUUCCAUAGCUUUGAGCCAAGCCUUUGGAAUGAUCCAAAUGGCCAACGGAGAGUACAGAGCUUCGUAUGAAACACUGGGAAAAGUAGUUAGGCGCUGUGAGCAGUCCUUCGGACCUAAGCACGCUGUAACUAUUUCAGCAAUCACAACUCAAAGCCAGGCGGCGAAACUAGCCGGUAUCUAUGACGAGGAAUCUCAACUAAGCCGAAAGCUGCUGGACGCAAAGCGAACAAGGCCCAAACCGGAAGAGAACCGCUCCACAAUCGCUGGACUACUUGAGUUGGCAGACCGGUAUUGUACACAGUAUCGUGGCUGGGAGCAGCGGGAAGCAGAACGCCAGGCACUGGAAAUGAUGAUUUCCCAUAUCCAAGAGGCGGUCAUCGAUGACACGACCAAACAAAUGGGAACACAGAUCUUAGAUUUGGUAAGUCAGAAGAAGUACCAUGAAGCUUGCGAACUAGGCGAAAAGAUCUUCGAGGAAGUCUCCCAUUGCCUCGACGAAGGGAAACCAACGUACUUGGUUGCAAUGGAUCUCCUUCAUACGCUGUUCGACAAAGACCAAGACUACAAAAGAUGCGAGAAGAUCACACGACGAUCACUACAACUACGACAGAGCUACCUUGGGCCCGAGCACGAAGACACAUUGCGCAACAUGGCCAAUCUCGCUUACUCAAUGAUAUAUCAACGCGACUCUAGAUACUGGCAGUCAUUGAAUCUUCUCGCAGACGCACUGGAGCUCGGGGUGAAAUUUCUAGGGCAUGGAAAUGGUUUCACAUUACGGACUAUGGUAAACUUAGCUGCCAAUCUCGACUUGUGCACCAGGGAUGAGGAGACAAAUGAGUUGUACCAAACUGCUCGUAGAAGAGCGAGGGAGCUAGACCCGGAGUAUUGGAAGUUCCAGCCCGAUCCUGCAUAG